UUGCGUCGAGCGCGUGUCGAGUGGGUCCGUUCUUUGGCAAGGCCCUAUAUAGAGGUGGAGGUUCUUUGGAGGUGGUGCUUAGGUCCACACGUGCGGUAGGAGCCUGCCGAGCAUGUGCCUGAGGUGGACGCUCAUCUAGCAGCUGACAUGGACUCUGGUACACCAUCCGACUCUGAGACCGGCUGCGGCCGCUCAGGCUCUGAGGACGAGGACGGCACGCCAUCGGUAAACCCGGCCCCUCCGCCGGCCGCCGGACCUCUAGACGCGGUGCUACACAGUGAUGCCAUCGGUGACACGCUCUACUCUGAGCGCGGCCUGUUGCGGACGCUGAUGGCGCUCAACGCCGCCGUGCCACGCUACCUCGGACUGGAGAGGUCGGCCGGUGAGGGCGGGGACGCGGAAGGUGACGGGGCGGGGGAGUCACCGGAGGAUGGCGGUGGGGACGAGCCGCCUCUGAUGGAGCUGGACGCUGAGCUGGAGGAGCAGCUCUGUCAGCUCUGGGACAUGACUGCCGAGCGGGCGGUGGCAGAGUUCGCGGCCGCCAGCGGCCUCCUCGAGGUGGUCUGGCCGCUGCUGGACCGCUCGCCGUGCCCGCGCCUUCUCGAGAUUGUGUCCGGCGCGCUGGCCAACUGCGCCGGACACGGUGCCAAGGCGCUGCCCGGCGGCGCCGACACGGCCGCCGCCGCCGUCGGCCUGCUAAUCGCCGGGUCGCGCGGCGACGCGCCCGUACUACGCGAAACGCUGCGGCUGGCGCAGGCGGCAGCCUGUGCGCAGCCGGAGCCGGAGCGGCUGCUGCGCGCACUGGCUGGCUGGCUGCCGCUGCUGGUGGACGUGCUGCGCGGCGCACUGUUCGCGCCGCUGCUGCGCCAGGCGCUGGGCCUGCUGGCGGCCGUGGCCGAGCUGCCGGACCGGCGCGCCUGGUGGCUGGGCGAGCUGGCUGCCGUCCGGGAGCUGCCCGCCGCCGUGCUGGAGGGACUGGCGCAGUUGGUGGGCGGCGACGGCGCGGGCGUCACGGCAGCAGAGGCGCUCGACUGCUGCCGCGACUCGCUGCUACUGCUGGCGGAGGUGGAGGCGAUGGAAGGAGCGGAGAAACCGGACACAGACUCGUGGGUGGCGCCCGUGCCGCGACUGGUGCGCGGCGUAUGCGAGGCGCGCCGGGCCGCCGCCGCCAGCGCCGACCCGCGCCUGGCCUGCUGUCUGCUGUGGCUGGCGGCUCCGGCGCUGCGGCUCGCCUGGUGUGACGACACUCUGGCCUCGCUCCUGCGUUUCUGCGAGGCGGCGCAGCGCGUCUCUGGGGACGAGGACUUGCCGAGUGACGCCGAGCCAGCUGCUGAGGAGCCGGCCGAGGCGCCCAUGGAGGACGGGGGCGCCGAGGCACGCGCCGAGCUCGACCAGCGGCUGGGCGCCACGGCGGCGUUCCUGGCGCGACAGUGCGUCGGCAGUGUGACGCGGUUUGUGGUGUGUUCGCGCCGGCGCCGAGAGGCGGCCCUGCUGAUGGCGGUGCUGGACAGGGCGGCGCCCGAGCUGGCGGACGGUCUGCGUCUGCCUCCGCCGGCCGACGGCGGCACGCACCACCUGUGAGACGGCCGACGGGUCCCACUCUGUGACCCACUCUGUGAGGCGACCCUGCCCGAUGAGGGCACCCGCCAUUUGUAAAGGACCGGGGAACCCGUCCAACAGGUCUGUGCCGUAACUCGCACCCGUCUGUGCGUUGUGAGCACUCUGUGUUAAUUGUUAGCUGUGUGAGUUGUGUCGUGCCGCGAAUUUUGGGAGUUUGUUAUUCAAUAGAAACAACCGUUGCGUAACUGCAGGCUGUGCCCUCGACUGUUUCUCGCUAACACUUCCUGACCGUGAUAUGGUGCAGUGAUAUUGUACGAAACCGCCUGUCGUUAGCCUGACUUAAAAAUACCUUGUGUGUAC